GGCACUGGGGUUUACACGGUGGACACCGGCAUUGGCUUUCUUGAUCACAUGAUCUCGGCUUUGGCCAAGCAUGCCAAGUUUGACUUGAACCUCAAGUGCAAUGGGGACCUUCAUAUCGAUGACCACCACACGACUGAGGAUGUCGGUCUAGCAUUGGGCGCGGCAUUUGACAAGGCGCUGGGCGCGCGCAAGGGCAUUCGUCGCUUUGGCAGUGCCUAUGCCCCUCUGGAUGAGGCUCUUUCUCGAUCUGUCGUGGACAUCUCGUCUCGACCUUACGCCGUCAUCAAGCUUGGCCUUAAGCGCGAGAAACUGGGCGCUUUGUCUUGUGAAAUGAUUCCUCAUUUUCUCGAAUCCUUCGCCCAAGAAGCGCGCAUUACCCUGCAUGUGGAGUGCUUGUACGGCUUUAACGAUCACCAUCGUGCGGAAUCGGCCUUCAAAGCGACUGCUGUGGCACUGCGCGAGGCCAUUGGCAUCGUGGCUGGCUCCACCGAUGUUCCCAGCACCAAAGGU